GAGGGCAUCUCGGGUAGGGAGGAAAGGCGGAGCGGCGCAGCCCGGCCCUGGCCCGCGCGCUCGGGUAGGUGAGGCGGGACCAUGAGCUCCUACCUGGAGUACGUGUCGUGCGGCAGCGGCGGGGGCGGCGGCGGCGGCGGCGGCGGCGGCGACCUGCUCAGCUUCGCGCCCAAGUUUCGCUGCGCCGACGCCCGGCCCGUGGCCCUGCAGCCCGCCUUCCCCCUGGGCAGCGGUGACGGAGCCUUCGUUAGCUGCCUGCCCCUGGCCGCCGCCCGACGCGCACCUUCAUCUCCGACAGUCCCCGCACCGCCCCCCGCACCCCCGUAUGCGCCUUGCACCCUGGAAAGUGCCUACGAGCCGGGCGCCGCACCUGCUGCGGCGGGGGGCGCAGACUUUGUAGGGCCCGGGCCUGCAUACGACUUCCCGUGCGCUCUGGGGCGGCCAGCAGACGACGGCGGGGCUCACGUCCACUACGCCACCUCGGCCGUCUUCUCGGGUGGCGGCUCCGUGCUUCUCAGCGGCCAGGCAGAUUACGCGGCCUUCAGCGAGCCCGGCCCCUUCCCGGCGUGUCUCAAAGAGCCUGCCGACGGCCACUCCGGGGCCUUCCAGACCGCUUCCCCGGCCCCUGGCGCCUACCCCAAGUCCGCCUCCCCAGCCUCGGGCCUCCCCUCCGCCUUCAGCACGUUCGAGUGGAUGAAAGUGAAGAGGAACGCCCCUAAAAAAAGCAAACUCUCAGAAUAUGGAGCCGCUAGUCCCUCCAGCUCAAUCCGCACGAAUUUCAGCACCAAACAACUGACAGAACUAGAGAAAGAAUUUCAUUUCAAUAAGUACUUAACUCGAGCCCGACGCAUCGAGAUAGCCAACUCCUUGCAGCUGAAUGACACCCAAGUCAAGAUUUGGUUCCAGAACCGCAGGAUGAAACAGAAGAAAAGAGAAAGAGAAGGGCUUCUAUCCUCUGCCACACCUGUAGCUUCCCUCCAUCUUCCCAUCUCAGGAACGAGCCCCACCAAGUCCGGCAAGAGUCCUGGGAGCCCUUCUCAGGCCCAAGAGCCUUCAUGAGGUUUAGCCUUGAGGCUAUAAGAAACUUGGCCUGUACAAGUCAUAGGCUACCGCCCCAUCUAGACUUACUGGCUUUGUUUGGGAUGGAGGUGGGCAUGGACAGAAAUUAAUAGACGUUUCACCUGGGAAAGGAAGUAUCUUAAUUGGCUUCUGAGUUCCAGGCUGUGUGUGUACAGAUAUUAAUUUGAGGUCUCUUAAGCCACUUGUGUGUAUUAUUUGUCUUAUUGGGGAAAAGGUGCCCAGCUGCCAGCCCAGCCCUGCUGCUAUGUUGCCUUAGUCACAUGCAAUUAUUGGGUUUAGAGUGGCAAAGCAUUAGUUGCUGAGCUCUGCCAACCCUCUUAUGUGCUCAAAAGAGCAUCUACCCAAAGUAUUUCUGGUUUUAAUUUAAAGGACAAGGCUAUAUGUAUUUGCCUUCUUGAGAUCCCCAAAGCUUAUUAGGGUCUCCUUGAUGUAGCUAAGCUGCUUCAACGAUGAUCUUCACAUUUGCACUCCAGUUUUGUUUUUCUUUAAGAAGCAGUUUCUACCUCUCCAUGUGCCUGAGUGAAGAUACAAUCACUGUUUAGUUAGUAGCUGAACAAAUCCACAAAGUGGGUAAAGAUUAGGACCUGAACUA